AUGUCGCGAUUUCAAGACGCUUUCUGCGCCAUCACUCUGGAGGACUUUAAGUCAGCUUCUACGCUGCCGAUGGCAUCCCGACGCAUCAACAAGCAAUUGCUUGAUGAAGAAGCGACAAGGCGGAGAUUGGUCAAGAAUGCUCGCAGGAAAGGCAGGACACUGACCGAAGAUGAACUGAAAAAACGCGUCACCAAAAGCCAUGAAGCGCGUCAACGUCGACAAGCCGCCGCGGUCAAAUUCCCAGCCCGAAAUGCCGCAUAUAUACUACUACAUGUCCAAAACCGCAAUGCACGAAUUAAACGUAUCGCCCAGCACAUUCUUGGUGGCGGUCCAGACAUGCGCAAAUUCCCGGCAAACAUAUUCAUCGAGGAGGAAACUAACGCCGUAAAACAAGCUAAUCUCCACGAAGCCGAGUAUUGGUUCGUACGCUCCGAAGAUGUCUACUGGACAGACGGGUCCGUGAUCAAGAAUCGAGAUAACGAUGAGAUCAGCGCUGCUGGCGUUGCUUGGAUGGCGGCACGGGGCAAUACUUUCGAACGUGCGGAAUAUCCCAUAGGUCUUAACCUCGGAGAUUCAAACCACGCCGAGUUGUUCGCCAUUGCUAUAGCUUUGGAACUUGCCAUUCAAAAAGUGUACAACGGAUCAAAAGCGCCUAUUGUAAUAUACUCGGACUCGCAAGCAGUACUUAAAGCUUUGCAGAACGGUAAUUCGACCAUUCUAGGGCCAAUGGGAACAGGAAGGCUCGCGCUUUCUCUUGCGUACGAACGUGCCGAGUGUUUGAAAGAGAAGAAGAUCCCUCUGACUCUUAGGUGGGUCAAAGGGCAUAACAAAUCCGCCGGAAACGUCGCCGCAGAUCAGGCUGCUGGGGCAGCGUCGGAGAAAUACAAACGCUUCAUCGAUAACGCACGUCUUCCGCGAGGGACCGUCCUUUUCCCAAUUGAGAUGCUCGGAGCAGGAAGGGACAUAAGAAACGAGUUUCUGUACCGAGUCGAGAAGGGUAUCCAGCACCCCGUACGUUAUGUGCUCGCGUUAGACCACCAGCGAGAAAUACCGGCUGGAUGGAUAGUUGAUUGGAGGGAGUCUGGUGGCUUCAAAGACCCUUCCACCGUCCCCUUACAGCCGGAACUCUAUCCUAAAGAACGCGAAUUAUGGCAACUUUUCACAUCAGCUGCCGGAACAAAAUAUACCCACCGUUCGUUUCCAGCCAAGAGCAUUAUGGAUGAUUAUGUCAAAGUGGACAUUCCUCACACGCCCCAACGACGCAGCGGACAUCCUUCCUGUCGCUCUCAGUGGACGUAUUGGACCGCUGGCUAUUUUAAGUAUGAUGCAAGAGGUAAUAAUACAUUUAUGGGCGCUGGAGUUGCGUGGCUGGCACCAGAUGGUAAAGAAGUCGACGUACAAGGCCAUCAUCUUGGGCGUAACGUGGGCAAUAUGUUCGAUGCAUCGCUUUUCGCGAUCGCUAGUGCACUGAAGCUCGCAGUAACCCGGGUGCAAGAACACUCAGUAGCUCCGGUAGUCAUAUUUGCUGACUCGGAAGCUCUUUUGAAGUCUCUGCAAUGCGGUGAGCCAAUGGCCCUCGGACCGACGAUUUCUGCACGUCUCUCGCUCGAUGAUUGCUAUCGAAAUGCACGAGCGUUAGUAAAUGCUGGCAUCGAGGUGACGAUUCGACCGCUCCCAAGUAAGCACGAGCCCGAAGGCAAACUAUGGGCGAACGCUGCGGCAGUUAUGGACGCUCUCUGGGUCGAAGAACCGUACAAUAAGAUGGGGCGCGCUCAGAUCUUGCCCAGUGCAUUACAAGGGCGGCUAAGGACGUUCGGAAAGUGUUCUUCGACCGAGUGA